UCUGCAUAGACCGGCUUCUUUCUUUCCUGUAUACUGUAUAUAGUGAACGUUCUGUCUUUCUCCUUCUUUCUCCCUCCCUUCACUCCCUCGUUCUUUCUUUCUUUCUCUCUAGUGCUUCCUUGCCGGUACAGCUUGAAAGAGAGAGAGAAAAAAAAUAAACGCAGCUACUUCCUCGUUUGGGGAGAUAACAGUGGAGUGGCGCUGAAGAGAGCUCAGUGUGUGUGUGUGUGUGAACGAGGGACGAGGCUACACCAGCCAGACAAGCCUGCACAGGCAACCACGGGGAGUGCAGCUAUAUGAACACACAGUGCUGAGCCUUCACUUGACUUUGAGAAGACGUAUUGACAACAUCCCGCUACCCUUCCUCGUCCUGCUCUACCUCCUCCUCUUCCUCCACCCACACAAGCAGCACCCCCCACCCCUCCGAAAAGCACCCCCGCAACCCUUGCUCCCCCGAGACCACAGACUCACCGGGCCUCCGUCAACUGUUCCAAAACUGACAGCGCGGUCAUGGAAACAGUCAUGAGUUAGAGGAGGGGGGCGGACAACCCCAGAGGAUUCCCCAGCGAGAGAGAGAGUGAGGGGCAGAGAAAGACUGAAAGAGAGAGACACUGAGUGGAGGCAAAAGCUGCUGUCACAGAAGCCACAUUCACAUCAGAGAAGAGGAGCUGCCAGCCGGUCCACCCAUGGACCAGUGACCCUCUCCUACAGGACUGCUAUAGAGUGACCACAACUCAGGUACACUGCACACACGUAAACACACACACACACACACACACACAUAGUGUGUGAGACUGUAACUGAGACAAAACAUCCUGCUCGAGAAGACACAGACACACACACACAGAGACACACAGACACACAAAGCAUGCAGACUGCCAUGGACAGACAGCAAAGCAAAGUGGAGCGCUUUCUAAAGCUGGGCUACUCCCACGCCGACAUCGUGAGGGUGCUGCACAGCCUACGGCAGGAUGCCCAAACCAACGACAUCCUGGAGGAGCUCAUCAAGACAUGCCCCAAGAGCAACAGCACCAGCCACGCGUAUGGCAACGGCACCACCACCACCAACGGGCACACCAACGGCGCCAACGGGCUGCCCACGGGCACAGGCAAGACCUCCAGAGCUUCCAGCAGCAGCCCCCAGUUAGUAGCCAGAGGGUGCAGCCCACCUCGGACUGUGUCACCAGCACGGAGCCCCACGCCAACGGACCGGAACCAUGCCAGCAACUUCAGGCCGGUGGUCAUCGACGGAAGCAACGUGGCCAUGAGCCAUGGAAACAAACAGGUGUUUUCAUGCCGCGGAGUGCAGUUGGCCGUGAAGUGGUUUUGGGAUCGAGGCAUGCGGGACAUUACUGUGUUCGUGCCGCUGUGGAGGAAGGAACAGCCGCGACCUGAGACACCUAUUACAAAUCAACAAAUCUUAACUGAGCUGGAAAGGAAAAAGAUCCUGGUGUUCACGCCAUCACGCUGUGUGAAGGGCAAGCGGAUCGUGUGCUAUGAUGACCGCUACAUUGUCAACCUGGCCUACGAAUCAGACGGCAUCAUUGUGUCCAACGAUAAUUACAGAGAUCUGCAGAUUGAAAAGCCACAGUGGAAACAGUUCAUUGAGGAGCGCCUGCUGAUGUACACGUUUGCCAAUGACACGUUCAUGCCUCCUGAGGAUCCGCUUGGAAGGAAUGGUCCCACUCUUGACAACUUCUUAAGGAAAAGACCAACAGUUCCUGAGAACAAGCAACAGCCUUGUCCAUAUGGGAAGAAAUGCACCUAUGGGGUGAAGUGCAAGUACUACCACCCAGAGCGCGCCGACCAAUCACAGCUGUCGGUGGCGGACGAGCUGAGGGCGAAGAGCAAGUCGGCCAUCGAGCACGAACAGGCGCUGCACCAGCCCUACGUCAACGCCACCUCGACCCUCCACCCUUACGCGUCGUCCCUCGGCGACGCGGGGCUGGCCGGCUACUCCCACAACGGCUACUUUCCCGGCGCGGUGCCUUGCAUGGGUCAGGAGGACCGACACUCCCCGGUGCUGCGGUCCAACAGCCCCCGAGGUGGCGGAAGCCCCGCCCACAUGCGCAGCUCGAUACCCCCCUACGGCCUCAGCGCCGACAGUGACCACGGCUUCUGCUCUCUGGAGAAGUCCAUGCCGAGGCUGUCCAUCCAGGAGCUGCCGCAACAUCAUCACCAUCACCACAACCACAACCACCACCAGCAGCAGCAGCAGCAGCAGCAGUCCGACGGCCAGCACCCGUGGUCUCAGGGCUUCAGCAGCGGAGACUUCUACUCCUCCAGCGGUAUGAGGAUGACCCCCGAGCACCACGAUCCUUAUCACCACAGCAGCGGUCAGGGCGUCCGCGCGCACGAGUGUUGCCACGGCUCCGUGAUGGCGCCGCCGCCUCAAGCGCACCAGUGCUGCUACGCUCCCGCGAUGCCUCAGUCUCACGGGACGAGCGCGGCCCACGGUCACCUGGAAGCGCCGUUCGGUUAUGGUCAGUGUUCGUAUCAAGGGCAUCCGCACGGCCUCUACAGCACACGGCCCCACAGCCACGGGGCUCUGCAAGUGCACACGGAGGAACCACAACACAAGAAGCUCUACAGCUCACUGCCUUCGUCUGACCCCACUCGAGUUCGAGAGGCGGUAGCGGCGAGCGGAGACGCCAACUGUGAAAGAAGGAACGCGAUCAGGUCACAACUGACCACUAUGUACCCGCUGAGCUUAGUUGACCACGUCAUGAGCCUCUACCCACAAACCCAGGACACGGUCAAACUAAUCGAAUUGAUCCGCAGAUACAAAACCAGCUUCUAACAUUUUUUUUUCAAACUUCUUUCCCUCUUUCACAUAUAGACUCUCAGACUCUCAGGUUUAUCUACGUGCUGUUUACAAUUUCCAAACUGCCCUUAAAGUGCUCUUACGGACUACUGACCUUUGAACUCACUCUUGUUUCCAAUUACAAUUUUUUUUAAAACGUGUUUUUUUUUUUCUCUAUGUAGACCGUCUGCACGGAAUGUGUUUUCAUUGUGAAUGUGCCAUGCACUACUCUAUGUGAAAAAUGAAACUCUUGAUCCAAGCUAGCUCCUAAUGGAAGGCUGGGUGAAGAAGAUCCUGUCUUGCUUCAGGAAAAGGAGCAGCUAGGGCAGUAAACCCUGUCAUGUAUAUAAAAGCAUUAACAAACUGCCAUGUCAAAGCAACAAAGUUGUUGUUUUUAGUUCUGUAGCCCCGAUGUGGGGAAUGAGCCCAAAUAUAAAAUUAUUGUUGUGGAAUAUGAAAUUCACUGACAAUAAACACGUAGGUGUUGAGAUAUACCUCUAA